AUGGACGAUUCAGAAAUAGGAAAUAUUUUUCCUGAAGAUAAAUACUAUGAAGAAGAAGAUGAUGAUAAUGAUCAUUAACAUAAGUUAGAAGAUGGUAGAAAAAGCGAUAAGAUCAAAAAUAAUGAAGAAUCUGAAGAUGAAGAUGAUGACGAUGAAGAAAGCGAGGAUGGAAGUGAAAAUGAAGAUGGAUCUAAAAAGAAAAAGAAAAAAAAGAAGGCCAAUCUUCUUAAAGAAAAGAAAAAAACUAAAAGAAAAGUUGACAUAUUUAGAUUCAAGGCGGAUAUGCUUACAAAUUAAGAAAGAGGAAUUAAAUUUCUUUAUGAAAACAUAGAAAAAGCCAAAUUGUUUGAUAAAAAUGAAAAAGGAAUUUUUGAUGAGCUUAAAGCUCUUGAUAAAUUAGUUAACUACUAUAAAGGUUGGCAUUUCCACUUUAUGCCUAAAUACAGCUACUAAUAUUUUUUAGAUAGAUGCACUGAAUUUGGUAAAACAAGUCUUAUUAAAACAUAUAUGAACAACGUUAGAAGGAUACAUAAAGGUGAACUUUAAUGGAAAGAUUUAGUAGAUUAAGUAGAAAACGAGAAUUAAUAAAAUGAAAAUGAUCCAAAUAAUCCAAAAGAAGCAGCAGCAUCAAUAAAUUAAAAUUCUGGUUCUAAUGCAUAACCAAAAAACAAAAACAAUAAUAAUUAAAGCGUACUGAAUGAUACUAACUUAUCAAGAACUUUAGAUUCUAAUAUUAUUCCUAAGAAUAUAAAGGAUAUGUAUCUACCUUCUAAUAAACUACCUAAAAACAACAGUAAAGUUUAUGAAUCAUCUUAUGCUAGGUCAAAUGACGUUUCUAGAAAUCCAAUUUAAUCUCAAUAAUCACAAGAUAACUCUUAUUUAGAUAAAAAUAGCUUAUCUUAAAGCUAAAUUAAAAAAAAAAAUUCAUUAACCAAAGAUCGCUCUAUCCAAGAAUAUUAAGAAGAUGAAGAAUUAAAUAAAAUAUAAGAGUAUGAUGAUGAACUCAGAAUUCUAUAGGAAGAAAUAGAAAAAUAGUAAAAAAUAUUAGAAGAGCUAGAUUAAUAAAAUCAAAAUGAUGAAUCUGAUGAUAUGGAUGAUAUCAAAAUUAAAAGGAAAAAGGAUGAUGAUGAUGAUGAUUGA